AUGGCUGAUCUCCCUGCAGCUCGUGUUACCAUGGCUCCUGUUUUCGCUCGAGUUGACUUCGCUGGGCCAAUAACAACCAAACCUGUUGGAGUACGUACACGCACAGUUACUAAAUCAUACAUUGCUCUAUUUAUGUGUGUGACUACAAAAUCAGUACACUUGGAAGUGGCGAGUGACCUAACUACAGAGGGAUUUAUUGCCACUCUAAAACGCUUUGUUAGUCGUCGUGGGUGUCCAUCUGAUAUCUAUUCCGACAACGGCACUAACUUUGUGGGUGCAAAUAAUAAAUUAAAGGUUCUGUAUAACUGUCUUUCCAAUAAUGAAUUUCAAAAAUCAAUAACUACACAUUGCGUUUCUAAUAACAUAAAUUGGCAUUUCAACCCACCAGCAUCCCCACAUCAUGGUGGUUUAUGGGAGGCUAAUAUAAAGAGUACUAAAGUCAUUCUCUAUAAAAACAUGGGAAACAUUGUAUUUACUUUUGAAGAACUUAAUACAGUAUGCUGUCAAAUAGAAGCUAUAUUGAAUAGUCGACCUUUGUAUGCACUUGAUGACGGUACUGUAUUGACACCCGGCCACUUCAUAAUUGGACGUCCACUGUUAGCUGUUCCUGAAGACGACAUCUGGCCUAUUGUCAACCAUCGAAAACGCUGGAACAUUUUACAAAGAAUCACCCAGACUUAUUGGAAACAGUGGUCAAAUACUUAUCUGAAUAAUCUGCAACAACGAUCCAAAUGGCACAAACCUCAAGAUGAUUUGGCUGUAGGCGAUAUAGUUAUACUACGUGACACUGGAAUACCUUCUACUCAAUGGCCCAUGGUGCGUGUCGUCGAAGUGUUUACCGAUCCUGCGGACAAUGAUGUACGAGUCGUACUCAUACGCACCUCAAAUACUGAACUCAUACGUCCUAUUACUAAACUAGUCAAACUUCCUAUUGAACACUGA